AUGUAUGGCGUGGCCAUUUUGGCCUUGUGCAUCGUAAUUUCCACGGAACGCCGCGACAACGGCACUGAGGCACCUGCGGGUGCGAAGAGUAUCGGACUGGUGGGCGGAGUGAUGCUGCUCAUCAACAAUUUGGCAGGAGAAGUCUCCAGCUGGGUCUUCAAGCUGCUUAUGCCUGCAACAAUUGAGGUGAUUUGGAUUGGCCUGUUGCUGUCCGAGCCAGCCUUCCCCAAUCCUUUGCCAAUCGCUACAGCCUCGCAAUCCUCGCUGAUUGGCACCGUCCUUUUCAACUUUGUUCCUGCCCCAGUGGUCCAGUCGCAAAGGAAGCAAAACGUGCAAGAUGUCAGUGAUCCUGCGGAACUGUGGCAUCGGGAUUCCAAAGCAGUUGAGGCCUUUACAAGCGCCUUGCCCUCCUGGGUCAAUGAAAAGAAACCUGACGUGCCUGUCGGGACAACUUUCUGGACGACCAUGUGCUUCGUGGUUGUGCUUUAUUCUGUAGUUGGCAUUGUCGGUGGCAUGGCGUAUGCGCCCUUCUACGACACCAACGAGAACCUGUUCAGCAAACUGAAUGCCGGCGGCUCCAAAGUGGGGCAAGCCACUGUUGCAGCUUAUCCAAUGCUGCAAAAUGUCACUUCAAUCCCAGUCCUGGCCAUCCUCAUUCGUUGCAAUUUGAUUCAGGGAGGUUUACCUCCUGCUGCUGCCACGUUCAUAGCCGUUGCUUUGCCGUGGCUCAUGAGCAUCCCGUUUUACACUGGCAGUGGCUUUGACACCAUUGCAGAGGUUGGUGGUUUGGCGACCUCCUCAGUGAUCAACUUUAUCAUACCUUUGAUAAUGUGA